AUGAGAGGGCAAUUGGAGUUUGGAAAUGGAAUGAUAAAGAUUGGUGACGUAUGUGUUCAACCACAUUGGGCUUCUGCCGGUGCUACUUGGUACGGCAGUCCAGAUGGUGCCAGUAGCGAUGGUGGAGCAUGUGGGUAUGGAGGGACGGUAUCACAAGACCCAUUCUCCUCAUUUGUUACAGGAAUUGGACCUUCUCUCUAUAAGUCUGGUAAAGGCUGUGGAAGAUGUUAUAAGGUUAAAUGUACAAAACACCCUUCCUGUUCGAAGAAACCGGUGACAGUAGUAAUAACAGAUUAUUGCCCUGGUGGGACUUGUGCUGUUGGAUCUGCACACUUUGAUCUUAGUGGGACUGCAUUUGGUGCCAUGGCAAUUCCUGGCCAAGAAGAACAUUUACGUGAUGCAGGAGUUUUAGAAAUUCGUUAUGCUCGAGUUGCAUGUGAUUAUCCAGGGAGGACAAUAGCUUUUCAUGUUGAUGCAGGUUCAAAUCCUAACUACUUCGCUGUUGUUAUCCAAUCCGAAGAAGGAGAUGGUGAUCUUGCCAGUGUAGAAAUCAUUGAAGAGUCAUUAACAAAUGAUGGUAACGAGGAAUGGUUGUCAUUGCAACAAUCGUGGGGUGCAGAUUGGAAAAUUGAUCCCGGGAGAGAACUACAUGCACCAUUUUCCAUUCGUUUGAGAUCUCAGUAUUCCAAUAACACCUUAGUUGCUAAAAAUGUUAUCCCUGUAGGAUGGAAACCUGGCGCAACAUAUAGGUCCAUGGUUAACUACUAAUAGUUCUCUUUCUUAGAGCAUCUGGAAAAGCUCAAUUAUUAGUAUUUUAAGUUUGAUCUUUUGAUAUUUGCAGUUCAGAUUCUCGUCUUUUUUCUUAGUUGAU